GCAAGAGCACCGUUACGCUUAACAGAGACAAUACAUAGACAUCGAGAUUCAGGGUCCUCUGCAGGGACGAACUUAGUGACGAUGAGGAGAAUUUAUCAUCCGGAUUGUUCGAGUGUUCGUCGUCGGUGAAAUGGGUUUGGCUCGGAGGAAGCAGAUGAACUUUUGCUGGUUGUUGAAUUGUCGUUUUCGCUUGAGAUCCACGUUUGUUUUGGUGUUGCCGUCGAAUGCGACCACUGCGAUAGAGACGGAAUCGGGAUCAUACCUGCGCUUUCUUCGGCGCGGUUCAUGAUCAUGAUCCUUUGUUCCUUUGGAUUCCCAUUCGGAUCUCAGUCGCAGAUCCUCCACCGCCACGCCAAACGCCGUUGCCGUAGCGAUCGCCGCCGUAGUUUUCGUCAUGGAUCCAACUUCUCGACCCGCUGUUGUCAUCGACAGCGGAACCGGGUACACUAAGAUGGGUUUUGCGGGUAAUGUAGAGCCCUGUUUCAUUCUUCCAACAGUAGUUGCUGUUAAUGAGUCGUUUUUGAAUCAGUCGAAGAACUCCUCAAAGUCAAAUUGGUUAUCUCAGCAUAGCGCUGGAGUUAUGGCAGAUCUGGAUUUCUUUAUCGGAGAUGAAGCUAUUGCGAGAUCACGGUCUAGUAGCACCUAUAAUCUUCAUUAUCCAAUUGAGCAUGGCCAAGUAGAGGAUUGGGAUGCAAUGGAAAGGUAUUGGCAGCAAUGUAUAUUCAACUAUCUGAGAUGUGAUCCAGAGGAUCAUUUCUUUCUCCUGACGGAAAGCCCUCUUACUCCUCCCGAGAGUCGAGAGUAUACCGGUGAAAUCAUGUUUGAAACAUUCAAUGUUCCUGGACUUUACAUUGCUGUUAAUUCAGUGCUUGCACUUGCGGCUGGGUACACAACGUCAAAGUGUGAGAUGACAGGGGUUGUAGUAGAUGUUGGCGAUGGUGCCACUCAUGUUGUACCUGUUGCAGAGGGUUAUGUUAUUGGGAGUUGCAUCAAGUCGGUUCCAAUUGCUGGAAAAGAUGUUUCCCUCUUCAUCCAGCAGCUCAUGCGGGAAAGAGGAGAGAACAUUCCACCAGAAGAUUCAUUCGAUGUAGCACGCAAAGUGAAGGAAAUGUACUGUUACACUUGUUCAGAUAUUGUAAAGGAGUUCAAUAAGCAUGACAAAGAGCCAGCCAAGUAUAUUAAGCAAUGGAGAGGGGUUAAACCAAAGACAGGUGCACCAUACUCUUGCGACGUAGGCUAUGAACGAUUUCUUGGACCUGAGAUAUUUUUCAAUCCGGAGAUCUACAGCAAUGACUUCACAACUCCAUUACCCGCUGUUGUAGACAAGUGUAUUCAGUCUGCUCCAAUCGACACAAGAAGAGCUUUAUAUAAGAAUAUAGUUUUGUCCGGAGGUUCAACCAUGUUUAAGGAUUUCGGGAGAAGGUUGCAGAGAGAUCUUAAGAAGAUUGUUGAUGCCCGUUACCUUGCGAAUAAUGCUCUUAUCGGUGAUGAAAUUAAAGCUCAACCCGUGGAAGUUAACAUCGUCAGCCAUCCCGUCCAGAGAUUCGCCGUUUGGUUUGGAGGUUCUGUUCUCGCAUCAACUCCUGAAUUCUUUACGAGCUGCCAUACGAAACAAGAGUACGAGGAAUACGGAGCAAGCAUCUGCCGUACGAACCCUGUGUUCAAGGGGAUGUACUGAAAAAAAGUUGAAGCUUCUUCAUACUAUUCUGUAGCACCAAACAAGUUGCUUGUGGCCCAAGCUAUCUGUGUUGACGCCAUUGAUGGAAUUCAUUCUCACCUUUUGGGAUUUAGGGCUAGGGUUAUAUGGACCAGGUUGGUUCAGGAGAAGAGAUACACCUUGUACGUUAGGAGUUUAUUUCGCUAGAUUCUUGAUAUUAGAAGUCGGAUUCUUGUCUGAAUUUACACGUUUCUCAUUCAUGAUGGUAAAAAAACAUGUUUUAAUCUUUUA